GCAGGAGGGACGGUUGGGCAGGGCCGCCCGCUCGGGAGUCGGGGCCGGGCCGCCAGGCCGGGUCCUCGGGCAGCGUUAGCUCCCUCGGGAGAUCCCGGCGCUACCUUCUCCGAGGUGGCUGGGACAACUGCGGUUCCAGAACGUCUAGGAUCACCUCCCCGGCCCGGCAGGGGCGAGAACAGCUGCCUGGCGCUGCACGAGGACCACAUCCCCUAGUCCCUCCAGUGUCCACGAACUCCGCGCGGAGCCCCCAGCCCCUUCGGCGGUUUGCGGGCCUCGGGGGUGGCUCAGACCAUUGAACCUGCUGCACGGCUCAGAUCGCCGUCUGUAGAAACCCGCGUUCAAACACCACGAAGCGGCACACCGCCUUCACGCAAACGCGUCGCGGGAGAUCCCCGGAGACCGGGGGACUAGUAGGACCCGCGGUCCUGCCUCCCCGCGAGCAGAGCCCCCGCCCCGUCCCGCGCCCCGCCCCGCGCCCCGCCCGUGGUCAUUACCUUCCCCGGUAGUGCCUGAGGGUCACUCCGCCCCGACAGCGCUCCCGGGCUGGCUCCCAGCGAUGGAGAGGAGGGCUCGGAGCUCCUCCAGAGAGGCCUACGGAAGAAGCGGCAGGUCCCCACACAAGAACAAGAGGGCGAGGGCCGAGAGGGGCGGUGGAAGCCGUGGGCGCCGGGACGCCGGGCUCGAGCAGCCGGGGAGCCGGGGGGAAUCCCCCGCGCCCGCAGCCACCGUGGUGGACGUGGAUGAGGUCCGGGGCUCCGGUGAGGAGGGCACCGAGGUGGUGGCGCUGCUGGAGAGCGAGCGGCCCGAGGAAGGUAUAGCAGGUACCAAGUCUUCAGGUUUAGGGAUCUGUGAAUGGCUCCUUGUCCUCACAUCCCUGCUCUUCAUCAUCGUGACCUUCCCUUUUUCGAUCUGGUUCUGCAUAAAGGUUGCACAGGAGUAUGAGAGAGUAUUAAUAUUCCGACUGGGACACCUGCUUCCUGGAAGAGCCAAAGGCCCUGGCCUUUUCUUCUUUUUGCCCUGCCUGGAUACCUAUCACAAGGUUGACCUUCGUCUCCAAACUUUGGAGAUACCCUUUCAUGAGGUUGUGACCAAAGACAUGUUUAUAAUGGAGAUAGAUGCCAUCUGCUACUACCGAAUGGAAAAUGCCUCUCUCCUCCUAAGCAGUCUUGCUCACGUGCCCAGAGCAGUUCAAUUUCUUGUGCAGACCACCAUGAAACGUCUCUUAGCACAUCGAUCCCUCACUGAAAUUCUUCUAGAGAGGAAGAGCAUUGCCCAAGAUAUAAAGGUGGCCUUGGAUGCAGUGACCUGUAUUUGGGGAAUCAAAGUGGAGAGAACAGAAAUCAAGGACAUCCGGCUGCCGGUGGGGCUCCAGCACUCCCUGGCUGUGGAGGCCGAAGCGCAGAGACAGGCCAAAGUGCGGUGCAGGCUGUGCAGGGAUGACCACGAUGAGGCCCGGUUCCCUCAAUGCCGGAGUCGAGAGAAGGUAAUCGCUGCGGAAGGAGAGAGGGCUGCGUCGGAGUCCCUGAGACGGGCAGCGGAGAUCCUGGCCGGCACUCCGGCCGCUGUUCAGCUGCGGUACCUCCACACCCUCCAAUCCCUGUCCACGGACAAACCUUCCACCGUGGUUUUGCCUCUACCAUUUGACUUGCUCAAUUUCCUGUCUUCGCCCAGCAGUAGAACUCAAGGAAGCCUCCCUUUCCCCAAUCCUUCCAAACCUGUCGAGCCCCCAAAUCCUAAAAAGAAAGACUCUCCCAUGCUAUAGGAGGAGCCAAGGGUAAGGUGCCUGGAAGGGGCCUGCCAGGUGACAGCCACAUCCCUGAGGGAGGCACACAGCCCUCACUUCCCACGCUUGCUUCGGUUGCCAUACGGAAUGCCCUGGGAACGCACAGUCACAGCUCAGCAAUCCGAAGCAAUUGUCUGUGAGGAGACAGUGAGGUCAUGUGAUGACAAGUUUAGAUAGAUCAUUUAAAUUAGACUGAUUAUGGGAAAGAGCUUUAGCCAACAUUCUACUUGGGAAAGAAUUUUGUGUCUAAAGGUGGCUAAAUUCUGACUUCCAAAGAUGUAGUUCAAGUGUCUUUUUUUGGCUGAAUGCCCCCUGGCCCCUUUGGCAAGGUCUGUGGUGCUCCCAUGGUCCUUUCUAUGUGUCCCUUUUAUUGUGCUCAUCACACGUUAUUGUAAACCCGUAGUUAAGACGCAGUCUUCUUGCCAGCUGUACUGUGGCUUACUCCUCUAAAGGCACCUCUUGGUCAUUGCCCCUCACCUCCCCCCACCACCAGCCCCACUCAACCUUAUAUGUUCACCCUAUGGCCUUCACAUCCAACCCCGAUAGGUGCACCACACUGACACUUAAAUGUUCCUGAGCGACUGAAAGAAAACAAGUUGUACUUGGGCUGGAUAUAAAAUUUACAUCUAAUUAGAAGAAUUUUAAAGAAUUUUUUUUAUGGAGACUUUAUCAUAGAGAAAUACGGGACGCCUGGGUGGCUCAGUUUGCUAAGUGGCUGCUUUCAGCUCAGGUCGUGAUCCCAGGGUCCUGGGAUCAAGUCCCACACCUGGCUCCUGGCUCAGCAGAGAGCUUGCUCCUCCCUCCCACUCUGCCUGCUGCUCUCCCUGCCUGUACUCUCCCUCUCUGUUAAAUGAAUAAUAAAAACCUUUAAAAAAAUUCUUAAAAGGGAAAUAAAAGGACAAAAACAUUUACCUGAUACAUGUUGCUUAAAAUCUUAAGAAGCAUCGCUGUAAACAUGGGUCUCAUAUUCUCAGUAUAGUAUUUACCAGCUUGCUUAUUUCUCAAGCAGUACUGACAGUAUGUGACCUAUGUAUGUCCAGAAGCAUUCUUUGCUAGUACAGAUAUUCUUUACUAUAAAUAUAUUCUUGUAAGUCUUACUCUCCACUAAGUUGUCUUACUCAGUUAGAAAUAUGUAUCUACACAAAUGUAGU